ACUUCAGGGAUUCCUUCCACGACAGAAAAACAUACAAGACUCCUUCAGCCAACAUGAUGGUACUGAAAGUAGAGGAACUGGUCACUGGGAAGAAGAAUGGCAAUGGGGAGGCAGGGGAAUUCCUUCCUGAGGAUUUCAGAGAUGGAGAGUAUGAAGCUGCUGUUACUUUAGAGAAGCAGGAGGAUCUGAAGACACUUCCAGCCCACCCUGUGACCCUGGGGGAGCAACAGUGGAAAAGCGAGAAACAACGAGAGGCAGAGCUUAAAAAGAAAAAACUAGAACAAAGAUCAAAGCUUGAAAAUUUAGAAGACCUUGAAAUAAUCAUUCAACUGAAGAAAAGGAAAAAAUACAGGAAAACUAAAGUUCCAGUUGUAAAGGAACCAGAACCUGAAAUCAUUACAGAACCUGUGGAUGUGCCUACAUUUCUGAAGGCUGCUCUGGAGAAUAAACUGCCAGUAGUAGAAAAAUUCUUGUCAGACAAGAACAACCCAGAUGUUUGUGAUGAGUAUAAACGGACAGCUCUUCAUAGAGCAUGCUUGGAAGGACAUUUGGCAAUUGUGGAGAAGUUAAUGGAAGCUGGAGCCCAGAUCGAAUUCCGUGAUAUGCUUGAAUCCACAGCCAUCCACUGGGCAAGCCGUGGAGGAAACCUGGAUGUUUUAAAAUUGUUGCUGAACAAAGGAGCAAAAAUUAGCGCCCGAGAUAAGUUGCUCAGCACAGCGCUGCAUGUGGCGGUGAGGACUGGCCACUAUGAGUGCGCGGAGCAUCUUAUCGCCUGUGAGGCAGACCUCAACGCCAAAGACAGAGAAGGAGAUACCCCGUUGCAUGAUGCAGUGAGACUGAACCGCUAUAAGAUGAUCCGACUCCUGAUUAUGUAUGGCGCGGAUCUCAACAUCAAGAACUGUGCUGGGAAGAUGCCGAUGGAUCUGGUGCUACACUGGCAGAAUGGAACCAAAGCAAUAUUCGACAGCCUCAAAGAGAACUCCUACAAGACCUCUCGCAUAGCUACUUUCUGA